GUUCAUAUGAAGAACCUCCUGCAUCUUGGCGAAGAUCGAUACCUCACCACGUUGCUCUUCAAGCACUUCCCGCUCUUCAAAACCCAGUUUAUCCGGGAUGCCCAUGCGUACACCGUGGCUCCUGAUGACUGGAAGGUUUUGCUGUCUCAACGUCGCCGCUGGAUCAACUCGACCGCUCACAACCUCAGGGAACUCAUCUUCUUGGAGCAGCUUUGUGGUUUCUGCUGCUUCUCGAUGUGUUUCAUUGUUAUGAUUGAUUUGGUUUCGACGCUCAUGCAGCCUGUCGCUGUCGCAUAUAUGGCGUACUUGAUCGGACUGGUGGCCGGUGGGGGCAAAUCCAUCCCCGCUCUAUCGCUCAUCACGAUCGCCGCGAUAUACGGCAUUCAAGCCCUGGCUUUCACCAUGCGACGGAAGUGGGACAUGAUUGGAUGGAUGUUGUUCUACACACCUGCCAUUCCCGCCUUCUCCUCCUUCUUGCCUGUAUACUCGCUCUGGAGGAUGGACGAUUUCUCUUGGGGUCAAACACGUGUUGUCCUUGGUGAAUCUGGCAAGAAGACGAUCGCUCACGACGAAGGGAAGCUCGAUCCUCGGUCUAUUCCUCUCAAA